UCUUUGGAGGUGAGAUUGAGAAUCUAUUUGUUCUGCACGUGGUUCGUUGUCUGUAAUAAACAUGACUGGUCGUGGUAAGGGAGGAAAGGGGUUGGGAAAAGGAGGAGCUAAGCGUCAUAGGAAGGUGUUGCGUGACAACAUCCAGGGAAUUACCAAGCCCGCAAUCCGUCGUUUGGCUCGUCGUGGCGGUGUCAAACGUAUUUCUGGACUCAUUUACGAAGAGACUCGUGGAGUUUUGAAAGUGUUUCUGGAAAACGUGAUCCGUGAUGCCGUCACUUACACAGAGCACGCCAAGAGGAAAACCGUAACCGCCAUGGACGUUGUCUACGCCUUGAAACGUCAAGGACGUACUCUGUACGGCUUCGGAGGUUAAUCACAUCGCUGCCUGCUCCCAACUAACAAACCAAAUCGGCCCUUUUCAGGGCCACGACAAUGAUCGUUGAGAACGAUGAACACAUACAAGCUACUCAAUAUCCCUACUGCCUUCGGUCCUGCAGCAUAUUUUUAAGAACCAGUCUCAAGAGUGCCCGAACUUCUAAACAUGCGUCCGUCAGUAUUACAAUAUUAGUUGGCGCAUGUGUCACUUGGCAACAGUCGUACAAUGUUCCUAAUGAGAGCCAUUCUGUACGAAUAACUCGAUUCACACCAAACAUUUAUAGUCAGUUGCGAUGGUCCUCUUGAUAAGUAUUUGCUGAAAAUUGCAGCCAAGCUGCCGUUCAUCCCUUUCGGUCGUUAUCAUUCGAUUCCAAUUACUAACAAUGUAUCGGUCGCUACUGUACAAUGUGAGAAAUUAUACUUUGGCUUUUGCGGCAGCUGUACAGUAGUAAUGUUAUCUCGAUUGAUCCUGCAUCGUCCUGCGCAUGCGUGAACGACAGGGAUUCCAUGAUGUUUUUAGGACCAAGUAUACAUAUUUACC